UGUAAAGUGGAAAUUACGACAAGGAUUUGUUGAUCAUUUAUCUAAUCAUAAAAUUGGUUUCAUAUUUACAUUUACUAAUCAAACUUGAAGUCAGGGUAUUUAACCCUCCUUCUGUUAACAAAAAAGUUGCUUCAAAAUUACGUUUUUCUUUAACUGCGACUGUUGGCCAGAUGUCAGGCUCAACGCGUUUAGAAAACGCCAAUCCCUUGAUCUUUCAGCGAUCUGGGGAAAGACUUCUAACGGCAAAUGAAGAGGAUGAGAACAUUGCCGACCCUAUUGAUGACAGAGAAAUUUUUGAUCUGAUCAGAUCCAUCAACGACCCCGAGCACCCUUUAUCUCUAGAAGAGUUAAACGUCGUGGAACAAGUGCGAGUUAAAGUCAAUGAUGAGGAGAGUACAGUCUCAGUGGAGUUCACUCCCACCAUACCCCACUGCAGUAUGGCCACACUUAUAGGACUCUCCAUCAAAGUCAAAUUGCUUCGCUCACUGCCUGACAGGUUUAAGAUUGAUGUUCAUAUUACACCAGGCACACAUGCUUCAGAGGAUGCAGUCAAUAAGCAGCUUGCAGACAAGGAGAGAGUGGCUGCAGCCCUUGAGAACUCUCAGCUUUUGGAAGUGGUGAACCAGUGCCUAUCAACCAGAACCCUGUGAAAUGCAGGAAACACAUUAUCAACUGGUGAAUCAAGCAUUUAUGUGCAGCAAUGGAUUUACAUUUGGCUUAUGACUAAGUGUAUGUUCAGGUGCAACACUGCAGCCAAAGCUAUUCUGUAGGAUUAAUCCUAGUCAUCAGUAUUACUGUUUUAAUUUGUGUACUGGAUUGCAUCAAAGAUCUGUUAUGUACUGGCCACUUCACUCUUCAUGGUGUCAGCUACUCCAUAUUACCCUCAUAUGAAAAGAAAAAUGAGGGAUUCUAUUCAACACAUGCAUUUUAUAUCAAGAGUGUAGAGGACAGAAUCCAGUAGUGUUACAGAGCAGUACUUACACAAAAGCAACACAAAAGCACAUUCAUAUGAAUAAAAAGUUAACUGAAAGUACUUACUUUGCUUGGUCACCUUGAUAUCAUAUUUAUGCUCUAAGUAAAAACAACACGAGUCAGUCUUAAAAAUAAUUUUGUAAAUUUCCUAGACUAAAAUGACAGUUACUCUGCAUCCUGUCCUCACAAAGUCCUUUGGGAAGAGAUAGAACUGAAAAUAGUCAAGCUGCUGGCACACUGACUAAUUUUGAUAUAUGCUCAGUUCUGUUUGAAGAGAUUUCUAAUGCUUAGAAAGGAUU